GCUGCCAGGCUUCAAGAUGGCGGGGGCCGCCUCCGCCGCAGCCUUUUCCUCAGCGCUUUCUCGCUCGGCCUGGGCCUGGAUUCGGCCCUCCGCCCCGAGGGGCUGAAUAACCCAGGAUCUGGGAGUAUGACCGGGGCGGCCUCGCUGCUGUGGCUCCUCCGGGGGAGCCGCUGCGCAUUGCGGCCCAGGGCUUUCUCUGCGGCCGGCCGCCGGGCUCUGCGCAGCGGCUGGCCCAGGACUCCCAAGGAGGGCGGCGGCGGCGGCGAAGGCCUGGAGAGCCUGCUGUCACAACUGCUUUCUCCCAAAUCUGGAGGACUUGCUCAGUCUGUAGUGAAAAGAAACUCUCUCCCCUUCCAACUCUGGAAACUUCUGGGUGGCACUUACUAUUUUUCUACCUCUGGCUCUCGGCGCAAUGGCAGCAGUGGCGAAGGGUCCAAAGGGAAGUCCCCAGAGGAAGAUGAGGAGGAAAAGAGACGCCGGGAGAGGGAAGACCAGAUGUAUCGGGAACGUUUGAGGACCCUCAUCAUCAUUGCUGUCAUCAUGAGCCUGCUGAACUCCGUGAACAUUAGCGGGGGCAACAUAUCCUGGAACGAUUUUGUGCACGAGAUGCUGGCAAAAGGGGAAGUGCAGCGAGUUCAGGUGGUACCAGAGAGCGAAAUUGUGGAAAUCUACUUGCAUCCAGGGGCAGUUGUGUUUGGACGGCCUAGGUUUGCCCUAAUGUACAGAAUGCAGGUAGCAAACAUUGACAAGUUUGAGGAGAAGUUGCGGGCAGCUGAGGAAGAGCUCAACAUUGACCUGAAGGACAGGAUCCCCGUCUCCUACAAGCGCACCGGCUUCUUUGGAAACGCCCUCUACUCGCUGGGCAUGGCUGCUGUGGGUGUCGGCAUCCUGUGGUACAUAUUUCGCCUGGCUGGGAUGGCAGGAAGGGAAGGCGGCUUCAGUGCCUUUAACCAGCUGAAAAUGGCUCGCUUCACCAUCGUGGAUGGCAAAUCUGGGAAAGGGAUCAGUUUUAAGGAUGUAGCAGGACUGCAUGAGGCCAAAGUGGAGGUCAGGGAAUUUGUGGAUUACCUGAAGAGCCCAGAGCGCUACCUGCAGCUUGGGGCCAAAGUACCCAAAGGUGCCCUCUUGCUCGGACCACCAGGCUGUGGCAAGACUUUGUUGGCCAAAGCGGUAGCUACUGAGGCACAGGUGCCGUUCCUGGCGAUAGCUGGCUCUGAGUUUGUGGAGGUGAUCGGAGGACUUGGGGCGGCUCGUGUGCGGAGCCUCUUCAAGGAAGCCCGGGCCCGGGCCCCCUGCAUCGUUUACAUCGAUGAAAUAGAUGCGGUGGGGAAGAAGCGUGCCACAAAUAUGUCUGGCUUCUCCAGUACAGAGGAAGAGCAAACCUUAAACCAGCUGCUGGUAGAAAUGGACGGCAUGGGGACGACAGAUCACGUCAUAGUGCUAGCAUCCACCAACCGGGCAGAUAUCUUGGAUAACGCACUCAUGAGACCCGGGAGGCUGGACCGUCACAUUUUUAUUGAUCUACCCACUCUGCAGGAGAGGAGAGAGAUCUUCGAGCAGCACUUGAAGGGUCUGAAGCUAUCCCAGGCCGGCAGUUUUUAUUCCCAGCGCCUGGCCGAGCUCACUCCGGGGUUCAGUGGAGCUGACAUAGCCAACAUCUGCAACGAGGCCGCUCUUCACGCUGCAAGGGAGGGUCAUAAAUCCAUCGAUACGUUCAACUUUGAGUAUGCGGUGGAGAGAGUCAUUGCAGGAACGGCCAAAAAGAGCAAGAUCCUGUCCCAGGAGGAGCGGAGAAUCGUGGCAUUUCACGAGUCAGGUCAUGCUCUGGUCGGCUGGCUGCUGGAGCACACCGAGGCCGUGUUGAAGGUUUCCAUAGCUCCUCGCACGAAUGCUGCCUUGGGCUUUUCCCAGAUCCUGCCGAAGGACCAAUACCUCUUUACCACGGAUCAGCUCUUUGAGCGGAUGUGCAUGGCCCUGGGAGGGAGAGUUUCAGAAGCCAUCACCUUCAAUAAAGUCACUACAGGGGCACAGGACGACCUGAGGAAAGUAACCAAGAUUGCCUAUUCCAUGGUGAAGCAAUAUGGAAUGGCGCCCAAUGUUGGGCACCUCUCCUUCCCAGACCUGGAAAAUGCCCCGGGGAUUGGGCGGCGUCCCUUCAGCCAGGGGCUCCAGCAAGUUAUGGACCACGAAGCUAAAAUGCUGGUGGCCCGAGCCUACAGACGCACGGAGAAGCUGCUGCUGGAGAAUCGGGAGAAACUGAAGGCGCUGGUUAAUGCCCUCCUGGAGAAGGAAGUGAUCAACUAUGAUGACAUUGAAGCCCUGAUUGGGCCUCCCCUGCACGGGCCCAAGAAAAUGAUCUCUCCUCAGAGCUGGAUUGACGACGAGAGAGACAAGCAAGACACAGGAGACGAAGAGCCACCCCAGCAGUCCCACGGCCAAGAGGAGGAGGAGGAGGAGGAGGAACCCAACCUGAGACCUGUUUGAAGCCAGUUCGUGAUGCGGAGUGAGCUAGAGGCUUCCUUUCUGAACUAACUGUGCAAGAAGAGUCCCUCCUCGCCUGCGUUGGCCGUGCUGAUGGAAUUCUGUGAUGGGAUAUGCAGUUAGGGUUUGGCUUUCCUUGCUCUGAGAACGAGUGAGAGCAGAGUGGGAUGUCUGAGGUCGUCAACAGGACUUAUGCACCGUUACCAUCUUCAAGGCUCAUUUGGGAAGGCCCCCUGCACCUCUGGGUCACCUUAUUAUUCACCUGAGACAGGAGUGUGUGCAGUCAUUCUGGGCAGGGCCUGGUCCUCAUGGGACAGCAGCUGCUGUUCUCUGCUUUGUGUUACUUUUUGGUAGUGGCAUAUGCCCGAGAUCCCUCAAUUGUCCUAACAGCGGCAAUGAUGUAACUACAGGCCCCCAAUAUACCCAUGUUUUUGGUACCAGGGCCUUUCUCUUUUGCACACGU